UGUCGCACGCCGCCAUCGCCAUGGCGGCCGUCCCGACCCAGGUCCAUGCGGCGGAGGAGCCGACCUCAUCAGCAACCUGCCGGAGGAUCUGCUCCUCCAGGCCCUCGUCCGCCUCCGCUGCACCCGCGCCGCCGCGCGCACAGGCCUCCUCUCCCGCCGGUGGGCGCGGCCUCUGGACCCGCCUCCCCGACCUCGUCUUCCGCUCCUACCCACGCUCGGCCCCCUCGUCGUACCCACGCGCUCGCCUCUCUCCUACUCCAAGCCGCAGCCGGCCUCGGGGUGACCCUCCUCGACAUCCGCGUCGCCGGGCUUGAGCGGGAGGCUGCGCGGGUCUCUUCGCUGCUCCAUGCCGCCGCGGGGCUCUCGCCGGCGGAGUUCCGCCUGGCCCUCCCGCGCGACCUCCCGUUCUUCCACGUGGAGGUGCCUCGCUCGCUUCCACCGCGCCACCUCCAUGGACCUCGCCGCGCACUACCUCCACCUCUUGCUGUCACGCAUCAGCAGGUUCCCCGCGCUCCAGAGACUGUCCCUCUCGGGCCGCCGCGUCGACCUUGCCGACCUGGUCCACCGCUGCCCGUGCCUGCGGGUGCUCAGGGUGGCCGGCGGGUUCCUCGACAGCAACAUCGCCAUCAAAUCCGAGUCGUUGGAGGAGCUCGCUGCGGAGAGCCUGAACAAACGGACAGACUGUAUCUGCGUCGAGGCCCCCAUGCUCAAGAAAUUGGCAAUGUCAUUCAGCAUCGACAGCGAGCUCAGCGUGUCCAUCGCCGCGCCAACUGCGGAGAAGGUCUCUUGGGAGUGCUCCUAUUUCUAUUCCUCGCUCACUCGUGGGCUUGGUCCAUGGAGCCUCUAGAUUCUCGAAGCUGAGCUUACAUGCCGCAGAGAGCCUCUCCAACAUUUAUGUCCUGUCCCUGCAAAUAUGGCCUUGUGGUUUGAUGCAGAGUUCUGCUUGGAGCAGGAGAUAGAGACGCACAGACUUCUCUCUCUGUUUUGGAGCUACAUUUCACGGCAAUGGGGCUUGAUCAUCGUGUCCGAUCAGUGAGGCAUGUUUUGGGGGCAUUUGCGUCGCAUCUACUUGGGAUGCAUCCGAUUCGUGCUGCUACACGAAAGCUUAAGAUCAUCGUACAGAGAUCAGAGUUCAUAGAAGAAUGCCCGGUAAAUUGUCCCUGCGAUGAGCCCAGGAGCUGGAGAAGCAAAAAUGUCUCCUUGAUCAAUCUCGAAGAAGUGGAAAUGGAAGGCUUCGAAGGGGAGGACCAUGAGUUUGAUUUACUAAAAGUGAUAGUCAGACGCGCACCAACGCUUAAAAGAAUGGCCGUGCGGAUGUCUGAUGAGGUCAGAACAAAUAACGACCGGUGUUCGAAAAUACACGACAUCUUCAAGGCGUAUCCUUUCAUGGAAUGCAAUGUUCAUCUUAGUUCUGGGUCAAACCGCGGCAGCCAAAGUUCUGCGCUCGCAUGAUUCUCACCCUUGUGUUUACGGGUUCAUGGUGCUCGUCGUCAGGAGGGUCCUCUGCAGCGCAGAAUUUUGCUU